GACCUUGAACCGUCCGAAGAGCCAGCUGUUGUCCAGGAUCUUCCUCAGCCAAUCCUGGUGUUUUGGGACCUGGACAACAAGUUAUUGCCUCGCUAUGUUAGUUUGGCUUCUGCUGUCACGACCCUUGAGGACUUCCUCCAUGCCCGUCCGCAAGUAGUCCAGCUGUACGCAAGCUACAAGAGCGUGCGAAUUCGUGAGGAGCAGGACUACCAUCUGCUAGAGUCUGCGCUGGCUGGUGCGUGGUCGCAAAACUUGAAGGACUCCAUGAAGUCAUUCCCAGAGCUUUUCCCCUACGGAGCGCGGAUUCAGCUUUCCCAGGAGGCUGCAGAAGUGCCAAGUUCCGCUUCUGUGACAAUUACUCCUAUGCAGUCGCAAGCUGCCGACUGCUUGCUGACGCGCGAUCUCCUGCGCAUGGUUGUUCCUACGUCGUCAGAUGCCUCGUGCGGCACUGUGUGCAUCAUUUCAGAUGACUCGGACUUUGGGAAGGUGAUCCUGAAUGCCCACCAGUGUGGAUGGAAGGUUGCUGUGGCAAGUCGGCCUAACAGCUGGACAUUGCGGUCGCGAAGCGAUGUCUGGAUCGACUGGGCAGAGCUGGCUGAAAAAAUGGCCAGCCAAGAUGCUGCUGGCGGUCCGGGCUAUACUCUGGAGGUGCUGGAGAGUCUGCGGGCGAACGUGGACAUUUCUGCACACGCAAUAGCGAACGAUGACACGCGGAUCAGACGAGACAUGAAGCGAGACAUGAAACGCGACGCGUCCUCCCGACGGAACUUCAGACGAAAAAGCCGGUGA